AUGAAGGACCAGAAGAGGACGGACGACUUCAUAACCACCUUCUGCAAGGAGUUACUGGAGAGAUACCCAGGAGCAGACACUUUGCCGGGAGAUACGGCGUUUCGCCAGAAAAUACGUAACUGGUUCGGGAAUCAAGGACGUCUCGAUAGACACCCGAGGAAGGUGCUGGUCACGGAGAACGACGUCGAUGAGGAGGGCAAGGUCCUCUACAAGUUUAAGAGGAGUCUGGGGAAAGAAGGGUCAACGUUUGCAGAUGAUCUCAAGAGGAUCUCAGACAUGUUCUCUAGGAAACAGAGGCAUGUCAAGUACACGGACUACCUCCUAGCCAACUGGCAGAAAGGUCUCAAAGAGCGCGCGGACGAGAACUGGGCCAUGUUUAGUCCCCUGCUUCCCGAGGGUACCGAUCGUGAGGCGGCGCGCAAGCAGUUCAAUCAUAGGUUCGCCGCGAUGGAACUUGCAAACCAACCUGCCGAGGUCAAGAAGCGGCUUCCACUAGGGUCUCGCGAUACCCCAGCGGAAAGCAUUCUUGAGGAACUCUCCAUCGAAGCGCAGGCUCACAUCCAGCAUCUAGUGCAGUCUUCAGAUUUUCAGCAAUAUCUCGAUACUACUUGUCAAGCCUUGGUCAAUGCACUUCACAAGAGGACCGGCAUGUCGUUCACGCUUCUUGUUGGUGGAUGCAACAUCGUAGAAAACGGUGAGAUACGUAGAAACGCAUAUUCAACUCAACACGCUAACGGUCAACACUUCGUUACGUCUUCGCGCUACGCCGCCAGUAAGAUCGACGACUAUUUCCUUCACUUCCUGAAGUCAGACGUGUAUCCGGCGGGCAUUCAGAAGCUUCAUGCGUUCUUCCCCGAAGCGCCCCCGAAAUCAGAUGGCUUCAACCUGAGAUUCGCGGUUCUUGAUGUGGAGGAUGACAGCAAUCCAGCCCGGUUUCCCGUGCAUUUCACGGGCGCGAGCGUCUCUCAACAUGAGGAGGAGGAGGUCAUCAAGCUCGACGAAGACGAGAAGGACUCUGGCGAUGAGGAGGACCAGCCGCGUUCAGAGCUAAAGAACACUCCAGCUCCUGCAUUCGUUCACACCUCUCGCGAGCAACGCGUUUCGGGGCCUCAGGGAUCGGAUCACCGGCAGCAGCGGAUUCACUCGCCGAGUCUCAGCCCACCUUCGCGUCAUCCUCUUGACGAUGCGAAACUCGAGGACGCGCGUAUGAACUCAGCGGGCUUGUCCCAGCGCGGCUUGGAGCGGCCCGGGACCGGGGAUGAAGACGGGGACGUGGGACGCGUGAUUGAAGGUUCUGCUAGUAUCGCCGCGGGCGCAGGGGAGGUGGACACCCAGCCCUCGAUGCCAACGUGCCCUGGGCCUGAGAACCACAUGGUGGCUGAGUCGAAACAUGAUACCGGUGCAGUGGGCGAGGCCGGGAUGCACGGCAACGAUGUACCCAUCGAACCAACUUCCGAAGGCUCUGCGGUACAUUCCGAGCUGGGACCUAACAUUGGCACACAGGCCAACCCACCUGCCGCCACGAAGACGCCUUGUCUCGGCGUUGGCGUCGUGUCCGAUGAUCUUGCUGUUGCUGACGACGCUCUGGUCGCGCGACUAUCGAACAUCAGCGCCGAGCCCACUUCCUCUGUGGCCAGCGAUGAAGCGGAUGGCCUUGGCCGGGCAUUGACGUACGAUGGAGGCGCGCAAGAUCAGCUUCCUGCGGGGCUGAUUGCCUUCGUGCGGAACGACGAAGAGGAGGGCGCUGGCCGGGCGUUGGCGCAGGAUGGACGUAUACAAGAUGAAGCCGCUGCAGACGCCCCAAACCAAGCCUGUCAUGAAGAUGUCCUGGAUUGUGAAGAGGCGCCAGCAAUUCACCUGCAGGUCGGUACUGGACGCCCUUUGGGAGAAGAUGUUAGCGUCACCUCUCCCCAUAUUGACUCCGCGCUUUCCCCUUCGGACUGUAUGGUAGUGUCUCACAUUUCACGCGGAGAUGUGUUUCCGACGCCGCAGCUCGCUGUCGAGAAUAUGCUAACGGGAAUCAAGCGCGAAAAUGCCACCAUCUUCCGAUGCGACUACGACGGACUGCGAAAAAUGGGUGACCAUUUCGUCUGGGAAAGUUCGCGGAGUGGUAUCCCGGACACCGUUGACGCCCGUCCAUCUUGGUUCAGGCUUCUUGACUUGUGGGUCGCUCAUGAACAGCGAAACAAUUUUGAUCAGGGUAGCAGCUUCAGGAAAUUCAAACUCAAGAUAGCACAACGACCGGAUGGUUACCUGAAAUGGGCGAAGGGACGCGAUUUCGCAAGCGUGCUUCCCGGGUCAGAGAACGUCACCGCCUUUUCUCGAGCAUGGCUCGCCUGGUACAAGGACCUUCAACCUGGUUGGCGCUCUUCCGAUUCGUGGCCGUUCGCACGCCCCGACACAUGCACAGAGAUAUCAUGGGAGCAGUUGCGCAAGUAUGGCAGGCAUGGCGUUGUGCAACUUCUUAUUACGCUUGGAUGGUGGGGGAGAAGCAUCAAAUCUGAUGCGAUUGAUGAACUGGACAAGUGGGUAGAAGUGGUCAUGGACAUGGUCUGGGUCAUGGAGCAGAUGGCCAAGACGUUUCCGGACCUCCAGGAGCUUAACAAUAAAGCACAGUCGCCCACCCCCGCAGCUGAGAAGAAGAGGAAGGGCGUGCAGCUAUCCGAAACGGCUCCGGAACCGAAGAAAAAGUACGUCACCCUGCCUUUCGCGAAUCUCCGGCUUGCUGAUAGUGGUGCACUGUACACGUAG